AGCAGUGACAGUGAGAGAAACAAUUUAUGUCGUUUUAACGGACUAAUGACAGGUAAACGCCUGGGGGAUGGCAGUGGCUAGGAAGAAGAAUAAAUGAGCCCGCGGAUAUCCAGGAGAGUUUUGUAAAAUGAUACGUGGGAUACUAAAUGGAACUGACAUUUAAGGGCAUCAUUCUCUGUGUCUCCAAGCACAGCAGCUCAUGUAAACAUGUAAAUAUACUUAUACUCCAGGUUGUCUAUCACGCAACAUUCAGAGGACAUUAUUAGAGAGUGAUGCUAGCACAAAGAUUCAGAAUCACCACUGUGCAGAAAUUAAGCUUGACGGAAAAUGUCCACCAUGGUUGACAAUAUUACAAAGACAAUGAAUGCAACCCAUGCUCAGAAUGCUACCGUCUACCCGGAACAUCUCAGUGCCCAGAUUAUAUGGAAAUGCGUGCCACCCAUGCUCCUAGUAAUAGGAAUUACUGGGAAUGUGCUCUCACUGCUGGUGAUGAGAGGGAAAUCCUUACGCCCGUCCUCAGCAAGUAUUUACCUUCGUUAUCUAGCAAUUGCGGACACGAGUACGCUCGUGCUAGGUGUGUUUCCCGUGUGGAUUCGCGCUUUAACCACAGUUGACGUAACUGCGCUCCACCCGUGGACGUGCAAGUUACAUGUUUAUUUUCUGUACAGCGCCGGCGACUGUGCGGUAUGGGUUAUAGUGGCUGUGACUGUGGACCGGUUCCUCAGCGUUACUUUCCCAUUCAAGGCAAAAUUGUGGUGCACAAAAAGGCGUGCGUUAAUCUCUUGCGUAGUUAUAACUUUUGUUGCGUUACUUGUUAAGAAUUCACACCUUCUGUGGACUCGGGGUUUUCAAUACGACGCCACGGGGGCUGUUUGCGGGGUAGCAAGGAAAGAGUUCGCGUUCUUCGAAACUGUGAUACGGUCUUGGAUUGGGUUCAUUCUGUACGCUUUCAUUCCAAUACUUUCAAUCAUCAUACUCAACUCCCUCAUUGCAUUUGGUCUCCACAAAGCACAGCACCAGAGACAGAACCUGUUCGGCUCCUCAUCAUCCCAAGCAGUGACAGAGACUGCCAAUUUCCGGUCCAGCACAUACAUGCUGUUAGCGCUAUCGCUAGCAUUUGUGGUGCUGGUGACUCCAAGUAUCACCGUUCUGUUGCUCAGCCCAUAUUGGGUGGUAACGCCGCAUGACAGAGCUCUGGAAGAACUACUACAAGCCAUUACGGACUCUCUUGUGUACACUAACCACUCAAUCAAUUUUUUUCUUUAUUGUCUCACUGGCAAAGGGUUCAGACGGGAGUUCUUUCUUCUCAUUGGAAUCAAAUCUAGACAGGUGAUGCCAGAACCGAGAGAAGGUGGAUCUGAUCCGAAUAGAGUUGUCGGGAAUUCCGCAAGAGAAUAAUAAAUCACGUUAUUUGGUACGUUGAGAAAACUUGCGGUUAGCUGAGGGUUCAAUCCCGAACAAAAAUGAGAGCCGUUUGAAUGAUAACAAUACCGAUUAAGAUAAACAUAUGUUACGAUUAGAAAUAUAUAAUGUAAAGUUUUGGAACUCUAAAAAAUGUUUGACUUGGAAAAUAUUAUCUUAAGUACCGCAGAAGUACGCAU